AUGUGCCGUUUCCUACCAACUCCCCGUGCAGACAAAACCGACAACCAUGAGAGGAUCGCUCAAGUAGUUAUGGCCAGAUUGCAGAGGGCGCAUGGAAUGAGUGCCAAGCCGCCAUCGGGAACGAGGCUCGUCGCACGGUCGCGCUGGAGACUGGCCUCGCCAAAAUUUCACCUCCACCCACUCCCCCAUCCUCAACGAUCCGACCCGAUGGCCACCCUUCGGAAAAACGGCCAACUGCCGUCCUGCGAGCCAUGUCGCACUUCGAAACUUCGAUGUGACCACACUACGCCGGUCUGCCAGCGAUGCGUUGCGCGGAACCGGGCUGAGCAAUGUGUGUACCACCCGUGCCCGCUGACCAAGCCUCGAGACACGCGCCAGCGGAAAGAACAAGUCCGCGCCAAACGAAACUCCUCCACCACCGAGCCUCCUUCAGUGAACAACACCGACAGGACUGAACUAUUCGACUGGGUGGAAAGGGCACCUUCUGUCCUUCCGCGAAGUUCGCGACCAGCGCAUCCACCAGGGGACGUCCUUGCUGAUUCGGGGUUCGGAUCGAAAGCAUCGGAUGAUGUUUCGCUCAGUCUCGACUCACGGGCGCAGUCGUUGAGCGACGCCUGUGCUCCGCAGGUAGACACCGAAGACGUUGAAAUCGGGGCACAGAUUCUCGCAUUCUUCGAGCAUCUUUCGUUGUUCGCCGAGGUGAUCGACCUUCGCUUUGAUAUCUUCGAUGGCUCCGUGUACAGUCCUCAUCUGAUGCGGCAAUCACUGGCGCUGUUGAAAUCAUUAUAUCGAGAAGCGCUUGGUGGAACCGGUGUCAACGGCCGACACUCCCGUUUGCUGGCCUGGUCCCGAGCCAUCUUCCAGAAUACCGCCAGAGCAAUCGACACACAUCCCGAGAUGACGCUCUCCGAAUACGUCGCCCUGAUCACAGCUAGAUGGGAUACCAUUGGGCUCGUUUUCGCCCUGCUCGGGACCGCAACGUAUCAGAUCAAUCAACACCACUCUGUGCUCAAGCGAGAAGUGAUGCCGGGAAAGGACAAGCAUGGACUGCGCAAGAUCGCAAUGGCAGCUAGCGAUAUGUGUAUUCAAUUCACUCAGAAUCUUGGUGCGACGAGUGAUCCCCUCUUUUGGGCCACUUUACAGCGUACUGUUUGUCUAUUUAAGAUGCAUGGGUUUGCUGAUUACAGAUCAUGGCAGGCGCUGGGAGAAGUAGUCAAUCUGGUAUUCGCUCUUGGCCUGCAUCAGGGCAAGGUCGACGAGCGAGCCCCAUUCUUCCUGUCUGAAAUGCGCGCUCGGGCCAUGGUCUGUGCGUACGCGAUGGACAAAGAUAUUUCAACGAUCCUCGCUCGCCCUCCUCGGAUUUGCAGUCGUUACUGCAACUUUCGGUUUCCGUUGGAUCUCGAUUGGGCAGACGUGGUGGCCGAUGCUCCUGUCCGCGAUGCAGCCAUCCAGCGACUGGGCCCAGAUGGCUGGGACACCCAAGACCACACUGGCCGCGAGUGUUCCAGGCCGCGAGCUACUCUGCUUUCAUUUAUCCUCAGGGAAAUGAUCUUGGAGGUGUCACUGAGCUAUACGGUGGAUAAUCUAGAGGAGAUGGUAAAAAAAAUUCGACACGAGUCGAAUCAGAUGCGAAUGAGGCUGCCUGACUUCCUGCAGUGGUCUCCUGACAAGAAGCACUCGCCCGUCAUGGCUACCUCGCUGCAUCUCGAAUUCUUGUAUUCGGAGCUUAUCCUCUCGCAGGCCAUUGCGAAGCUCACCGGGGAAACAUCCGAGUCACUCAUCGCCACUUCGCGGCAGAUCUUGACGGUGCUUCUCGAUGCAAUCGCCACACAGCUGCGAACGGGUCAUGUCAACUGCCUUCUUAUCUAUGAUUUCUCCUAUAUUGGUCUUCCGGCAGCCGCCGCUCUUUCGAAAGAAUUGCUCCAUCGAUCACACAGUCCUCCACUACCAGGUGAAGUUUCACCUUUUCCACGCUCAGAAAUAAUUCAAAACCUCAGCGUCUUUGCUGCACAUCUCGAAGCCUUCCUACCCAAUCGGGAAAGCGAUGCCGAUGCACUUAGGAAAGGACUCCAGUCUGUUCGAACUACGUUGGAUGCUGUUCUUAACCAGCCAACUUUUUUUGCACAGAGCAAUGGAACUCUCACGUUGCCGCCGGCCGAUGGGACAGCGCUACCAGGCCAAAAUAUCUCAGCUGCAGAUGAAGCUCAGGGUCUGGACUUUGCGGCAUUCUGGGAGGACUUUGAAUUUGAUUGGGCAGGCGACAGGCGUGUAUUGUUUAGCUGA